AUGGACCGGAGGUCGUCGGCGAGGAGGAGAGGCGAUCCUCACCCUCACCGCCGGGGCGCAAUGCACGGUGCCGCCGAGCAGCAGAAGCAGCAGCAGCAGCGCGGCCGGCCGCAGGGAACGCGGGCGGCGCCGCCCGUGCCGCCGGGCUACUUCACGGCGGAGCUGGUGCUGGCGUUCCUGUUCGUGGCCGUGUCGCUGGCGUUCCUCCCGCUGGUCCUGCCGCCGCUGUCGCCGCCGCCGUUCCUGCUGCUGCUGGUGCCCGUGGGACUGCUGGCCGUGCUCCUCGCGCUCGCGUUCGUGCCGCUCGACGCGCACAGCCACCUCGUCGUCGGCUCCUCCCGCUGA